UCUCGACUUGAUAGUAGAGUUGCUACUCACCAGUGCGGCCAUCAGUACCAUCAACCUUCUUUCCAGCAAUCCACAAAAUCAACCAAUCUUCAGUCCGGCAAUUCAUCAAAUCAUCCGAUCCUCAGUCUUACAACAACCUCAAGCAGACCAUCUUAUGGUAAUGCCUGAUUUAAUCCAAAUAGACAGAUGAUUCACACAAGACGAUACAUGGUAAUUAGAAGACGCUGCUGUAUAUAUCAGGCUAUUAUCAUUUUACUCGAUAUCAUCAAGGUGCUAGAGAAAGCUGAAGGAGCUACAGAUACCAAUUGUGCCACUGAAAAACGCUUGAUAAUCAAAAUCUAUUGUGCUUACACUACCUUACAAAACUACUACUUUCCCGAGUUCCAAUGUACCAUGAAGUUAUCUCAUUCAGCUGACCCUACAGCACAUCCAAAACCAUCCAUCAAGAUCUGUUUAUAAGUCAAGUUCUUACCACCCGAUAUCACUCCUGGACAAUGAUACUCCCUUUUUCGACCUUUCGGACUGAUCUACGGUGUCGCUUUAAAUUAUAUACGCCCUGAGACCAAACCACCCGCCUUUUUGGUACGGCUCUGAUCACAUACAACAAUAAAAACUAGGCUCCUUUGACUCAAAUCAAGAUGCAUUGUAGGGAUCUACUGAAUCAUACAAUCGCAGUAGAAUAGUACAAUAA